GAUACCAUAGCACUGAUGUGUGUGUGCUUCCCCAGGCCGUUCAUCGUGCUGCCGCCCCUGAUGGAGUGGAUUCGGGUCGCCGUGGCUCACGCGGGGCAUCGUCGCAGCUUCUCGGUGGACAGUGAUGACGUACGGCAGGCAGCCAGGCUCCUGCUGCCCGGAGUUGACUGUGAACCUCGACAGCUAAAAAUCGACGACUGCUUUUGUGCAUCUCGGAAACUGGAUGCAGUUGCCACUGAAGCGAAGUUCAAGCAGGACCUGGGCUUCCGGAUGCUCAACUGUGGCCGAACGGAUCUGGUUAAACAGGCCAUAGCCUUGCUGGGGCCGGAUGGGAUUAACAGCAUGAGUGAACAGGGCAUGACUCCACUGAUGUAUGCUUGUGUCAGGGGUGAUGAGGCUAUGGUGCAGAUGCUGCUAGAUGCUGGAGCAGAUCUGAAUGCUGAGGUUGUCAGUACUGCUCAUAAAUACCCAUCCGUCCACCCUGAGACCCGCCAUUGGACAGCUCUGACAUUUGCUGUGUUGCAUGGACAUAUUCCUGUAGUUCAGUUGUUGUUGGAUGCUGGAGCAAAAGUAGAAGGUUCCUUGGAGCAUGGAGAGGAAAACUACUCCGAAACUCCUUUACAGUUAGCAGCAGCUGCUGGAAAUUUCGAACUGGUCAGUUUGCUGUUGGAGCGAGGAGCUGACCCUAUGAUAGGAACAAUGUACAGGAAUGGCAUUUCCAUGACUCCACAAGGUGACAUGAACUCUUUCAGUCAGGCUGCUGCACAUGGACACAGGAAUGUCUUCCGUAAGCUACUUGCUCAGCCAGAGAAGGAGAAGAGUGAUAUCCUGUCGCUGGAGGAGAUACUGGCUGAGGGGACAGACUUACCUGACUCUGCAGCAGCUCCGCUCUGUGCCAGCCGCAACAGCAAGGCCAAACUGAAAGCCCUGAAGGAGGCCAUGUACCACAGUGCUGAGCAUGGAUAUGUGGAUGUGACCAUUGACAUACGGAGUAUAGGUGUUCCCUGGACACUGCACACAUGGCUGGAGUCCUUGCGAACAUCCUUCCAGCAGCACAGACGACCCCUCAUCCAGUGCUUACUAAAGGAAUUCAAGUCCAUUCAAGAGGAAGAGUACACAGAAGAGCUCAUCACACAGGGGUUACCUCUGAUGUUUGAGAUACUAAAAGCCAGCAAGUUCAGAAUAACCAGGACGCAAGUUAUCCACACGUGUACAUCAUGCAUUCUCCGUGUGAGAUGUGAACGCCAGAAUGAAGUGAUAAGUCAGCAGCUAUCUGUCAUUUUCACUCAUUGUUAUGGACCCUACCCUAUUCCAAAGCUUGUGGAAAUUAAGCGCAAGCAGACCUCUCGCUUAGAUCCCCAUUUUCUUAACAACAAAGAGAUGUCAGAUGUUACAUUUCUGGUGGAAGGAAGACCAUUUUAUGCACAUAGAGUGCUGCUGUUUACUGCAUCACCACGGUUUAAAGCAUUGCUGUCUAGCAAGCCCUCAACUGAUAGUACUUGUAUUGAGAUCAACUAUGUGAAGUACCCCAUCUUUCAGCUGGUUAUGCAGUAUCUUUACUAUGGAGGUGCAGAGUCACUCUUGAUUAAAAAUAAUGAAAUUAUGGAGCUUCUCUCUGCUGCUAAAUUUUUCCAGCUUGAAGCUUUACAACGGCACUGUGAGAUCAUUUGUGCAAAAAGCAUUAAUACAGAAAACUGCGUGGAUAUUUAUAAUCAUGCCAAGUUUCUCGGAGUCACAGAACUAUCUUCCUAUUGCGAAGGCUACUUUCUAAAAAAUAUGAUGGUCCUCAUUGAAAACGAAGCUUUCAAGCAGCUGUUGUAUGACAAGAACGGAGAAACGUCUGGUCAGAAUGUACUACAGGACUUACAGAGGACGUUGGCCACAAGGAUUCAGUCAAUUCAUUUAUCUUCUUCAAAGGGCUCCAUUGUAUAAAGCUGAGGAAGACGGUAAUGCUCUAAUAAAGACCCUGCAAGUUAAGUCUCCUGUUGCAGUUGCUUAAAUGAAUACACACAAAAUAGAUUCUACUUCACAUCCAAAUAGUUCUGUGUUGGCCAAAGGUGCUGCGCUGAGGCUUCCGCCUCGUUUGGAUGAGGGAAUAUGGAAAACGUGGCUCCUGUAUGCUUCUGAGCAACAGGCCUACCAGAGCGUCCAGUGCAUCGGUGUAGUACCCAAAUUCUGAACACAAAAGUGUAGUCGUGGAGCUAAAUGCCAACAAAAGCCAGAACUCACAUCAGUGAACAGCAGCAGCCCCUGUCUGAGCGGUGGUGCCAUGGAACACCUGGAUUGACCAAUUACACAUUUAAGGCAAAUGUUCCAUCGUUUCACAUUUAAGAACUAUAUCUAUCUCGGAGUCCAUUAUACACUUAAAAAAUGUAAGAACUGUUGUUGCUGUUGAGCAAAGAUGGAUUGUGUUAAGAGAGUGGGUAAGACUGUUACAACUGAGGAAAUAUACAUACUGGCAGAUUUUUAGGGGUGGGAACUUUUUAAAUUGUUCAUAAAAAUAAUGGGGUGGCCUUGUAGUUUAAAAACUAUUUCUUAAGCUUAAAAUUUCAUUUUCAACAGUUGUGUUUGAGAAUCUAUGUAAUAUGUUUUGUUUUUUAAAUGGUUAAAAUGUACAUUGUGUAAACACACAUAUGAUCGAGUUUUGCUUGUAUUCUUUCCUAAAGUGGUAUAAUCUUGCCUACAGGCUAUGGUUACACCAAAGAGGUACAUUACCCAGGCUAUCUCUAAUACAGUAGUUGGGGGGGCAGGAAAACUGCAUGCUUCUUGUGAUUUGGGGUUAAAAACAAUGACAAACUCAACAUGCAUUUGCAUGGUAACUGUACCUGUGAAAUGUUUUGUUCGUGCUUCGUUUUGCCAAGACAAAUGCAGUGUUACUUCUUGUCAAACUCCAUUUGUAAAAUCAGCAUAUUAUUUUACUCAGUGCAGUUGGUUGUGAUAUGAUACCCCCAGAGACCUUCUCGAGAUGCUGAUUUCUGUUUGUUACAGUGAAGGGAUAAUAACAGAUCUUUCUUUUAGUGGUGUGUCGAUACUUUGCUACUGACCAGAGAUUGUGUCUGAGUUAGACUUUUUUAAAUUAUAAUUAAAUAUGGACUAUAGAAUGAUUUCUCACUGUAUCCUGAGAAUGUAUAGGUUAUCUACAAUGCAGGGUUUGGGUGAGGUGGGAUGGAGGGUGCGAUUUAAUGUCCAAACUUCAUUUGUUUUGCAACCUGUUGUUAGCAAGACAGAUCUGCUCCGUGCCACAACAUUCCUGAUGCUCUGUCUUUGAAUAAUGCUUUUCAUGAAUCCUUUGAUUUAAAACACAGAGAAGACCACAGCAAGAUGCAAGCAAAGAUAUUGCCUUUUCCGUGGCAAAGUGACAUUAAUGUAUUUAUUUUCUAGCAUGCUGUUCAGAAACUGUGCCCAGCUCAUAGACUCUGGAAAUUUUAUUUUGAUGGUGCAUGGUAGUCUCUUGUUCUUCUGUUGAAGUAUUUAUGUUGGGUGCUCUUCCUUGUUGACGGUUUUGGGCAUGCUCAGAGAACACAGAUUCGGCUUUAGUUAUCCACAUGGUAGGAAGCUGUUUUAUGACUUGAGGUGUAAAGCGUCCCGUGUGCUUGGUCCUUUAAUGCCUAUACAAUUUCUGCAAGAAAGUACAAAAAUGUCUUAACUGAUGCUAAUGUCUUAGAGACACGGCAUGUCAGUCAGUUAGACCUUUUGUUUUCCUGCCUAGCAGAUGUUCACACAGGAUGUUGUCAAGAACAUUCAGGUAACGACAGCUUUUUGUGAAUGUUGUGAUUGUGGAGAAACAUGACUGUGGCUGAUGGAGCAACAACAUGCAGGGUGCUUGUUGUCAUUCACUGUGCCUCCUCAUCCAAGGAAAGCCAUCCUUUGUACUAAUGAUAGCAAGGCAGGAGCAGACCUCAUCCCACAGCUUCAUGCUUUAAAGUAGGAAAGUUUUUCAGACAAUAAUCAUGAUAUUAAAAUUUUUCCCUUGGGUACAUGUGUAAUGUCCAAUGAAGUCAUCAAGAGUUGCACACACAUAUAUCCAUAGGCAGAAGAUCUUUUUCUGGGAAACAAACACAUAGGUUUGUCUUUUGAUAGGCAGCCUGGUGUUGGAUGUUAUAGUGGCAGCCAGAAGUGUCAUGCCUCUGUUUCCAGCUCAGAUAUUCAUAGUGUUUGGUAAGGGGAUAGAGUCCUGUGUGCAUACCUUCUCCUUGAAGGUGAUGAUUUUUGAGCAUGAGUAGGAACCUGCCUUGGACUUACCGGGAAGGAAAUACUGAUAACUGUGCUAGUUGUUCUCCUGAUAAGUUGAAUCGAGACUAUGUGUGGUAAUAUCACUGUUUUUUAUUUUAGAGAUGAAGGACUUACUGUGUUCUUUGGUGCCUGUACAUCAACUGCAUGGACAUCAUGUUUGGGUCCUCCAAGGGAAAAUAAGAGGUUUUGCUGUAGCAGCAGAGUGCCCAUCUCCAGGCUCACACUGCAGUGUCUGUGUGCAGCGCUGCUGGUCCACAUGUUGCUGUGUCCCUGUGCUCCCUGCAGGCUUGUGAGUCUGGGGUUUGACAGAAAGCAUGGCACCCGCUGCCACCACCAGAUCUGCUGUGCUGAUCUUUAGCAAACAGUAGGAACAAAGGACCCCAAAUUAACUGUCGUUCAGAGCUGUUGCAGGAUCCACCAUCUCCACCAAACCCAUCAUCAGAAAGGUUUCCUGACAGACUGUUCAGAAAUUCUUUGCUGCAAAUCAAAACACUUUUUCUUCCAGCCUCAAUCAAGAGGAAGAACAGAUAAUCCACGGCCUUUUUGCAAAAUUAUUCUGCGUAUGAGAGGAAUUACCAUACCUCCCUCACUUUAAGUCUUCCUUAGUCCUUUCAGGUAAUAUUUUCUAUGCCUCUGAUUUUUGCUGUCUUUCCCUUCAUGUCUUCCCAGCUCCCCAGAAUGUUCUGCUCCUGUGGGGGAUUUACACAGCAACAAGCAAGGCUCGGAGACUGUCUCAUGAGUUUUACAUCGAGCGUAUCAGAAAAUAUAUCCCAGAAUAUUUUCUACAUCCCGUGGCUGACUUUCAUCUAACCUACCUUGCAUUACAGUUCCUGGGUGACUUAGAGCUACUGUCCCAGGACAGUAUGUGUGUGUCCCAGUUUUUAUGUGUGUGUUUGUUUACUUCACCUUCCAAAGUUUUAACACUUUCAGCUUGUCUUUAUUAAAUUUGUUCUGAUUUAAUUGGGGCAAUUCCCCCAGUUCAUCAAAAUCAAUUUCAAUUCCGAUCCCGUCUCCUGGCCUGUUUCAUAAUCUCCUGGUUUUGUGAUAUGUGGUUUCAUGCAUGGAUUCCCCAUUCCAUUAAUCUGGGGCUGGGGGAAGGGCUCUAUUGUAAAUGUAAUCUAAAAAGCAGUGUGAGUUUCAGUGGGUGCCUGUGACCACCAUCCCUAUCAGAUACAGCUCUUUCCAUCAGAGCGUUUUAUUAGGAAUUUUUAGAGAGAUGGUAUUAUCACUUUAGAAAAUAAAUAGCCUUCUGCUUCUUUAGUCUUUGCACAAGUUGCUAUAAUUUCCAAAUUCUGAGGGGAAGAUAUGGCCUCGAAUCUUCUCCAGUUGCUCUAGGUAAAAUGGAAAAAAAUACAAAAUCCUUAGAAAAAUGUGUGAUUUUUUUCCUUUUUUAAUUAUAAUUUCCUAGCCUACAGGGGGUGAAGGGCUGCUUUGUUUCUUUCCAUGUGCCUUUUUUAUACAAGCCCCACGCUGUAUUCUUUGAGAUUUGCAGGCAUCCUAUCCCUGCCUCACUGCAGAUCUUUGCCUCUCCACAGGGACCUCCCUUUGCUUCCAGAACUUCCUCACAUUUCCACUUCACCUCACUGUGCUGCCAGCUUCCAGACUUCCCAAUUUGUAACUCUGGAGCCCCACUGGAUCCCUUCCCAAGCCCAGAGAUGCUAGCUGCGUUCUCCCAAAUGGGUGAUUUCCCAAGAGCAAGCUUCAGAGCUGGGAAAAGGAUGGGGAAUGUAUGAGGGCAAAGGUUUUGGACAUCAGAGAGGAAGGCUGGUAUUCUUUUCAGGACAGAUUUCAGCGCUGUCUGCUCCUUUCUCAAUUUUUCCCUGCUCUGUUCCUUAAGCCCGCUGUCCUCUUAGCACAGCUGGCAGCCAGAUGCUCUCCAUCCUGGAGCAGGGCCAGCUUUGUAACGACAAAGACUUUUUCCCAGCUAAAGCCUUGCUUGCCUGGACUCAGUUUCCGAGUAGAUUUGUGCAAACGUCUGUUAAAAGACAGAGGAAACAUUCUUAAAGAGGUGCGGGAGCUUAGUAGCCAGUCUGCUGUUGGCACAGUGAGAGCUGCUUGCUGAAUGAACACGUGGUGCUUUUGACACUGAGCCUCCUGUACUGAAUAGCCACUGGCCUCCGGCUCCUUACCAAGUGCUGUAUGUGUCCUGGGUGCAGUGUGGUCUGCUGGUGGCUCUGGGGGACAUGAUGUGCUGCCUUGUGGAGGUUAAAAGGGAAAAAUAAAAAAAAUCCUCAUUUUGUACUGCAGUUAGUUGGUAUGGUGAGAAGAAAGAAUGGGCACCUCUUCUUUGUCCCAGACCUGCCCCACAUCAGAGGAAGGUUCUGCUAUUGCAGAUUGCCACUAAGCCCACAGGGACUCAGGUGUGCAGGACGCUAUUUAAGGGCUUUAUUUUUUUAAUGUUCAAAAGAAAUAGAGGUGUUGGAGUUCACACAUUUGCAUCCUUGAGGCAAGACUCGGCCAUCUUAACAAAAAGGCCGUUCCUAAUCCUGUUGUCCAGGGCUAGAUCCCAGAAGUGGCAGAAGUCCUGCAAAGCUCCUAGAAAUUGGCUGCAGGUAUUGCAGCCGCUCAGGAGCUGGCUCUGUUCUUAAAAGCUAUUCCAGAAAGGUGACAUCCUGAAGCCCGCAUUCACUAGGGCUGCUCUGAAGUCAGUGGAUGAUUUCUUUUUUUGAUGAACGACAGUUACCUGAAGUCAAAGACUUGAAGUUAGUUUGUUUGACAAAGUGUCUUUCAUGUGAGGAAGGAAGCGCUUUGCAGAAAUGAAGUGCCUGACGUUGCUUUUAUCCCCUGGCCCAGAGAUGUAGGUCUGUUGAGAUACAUAAGCAUAAAAAAGGCUGCCUAGGAUUUGUCCUAAUAUUUAAUAAACUAGCUUUCAGAAAGUUCUCUUUGAAACAGCAGUCAAAUAAUAGCUGAAACCCCAUUGAUGAGAACAUCACUAAUUUUAGAUGCUUGCCUAUAAGCACUUCUGUCUCUAACUCCUAGCACUUCCAGUCAUGUCUUCCACGCAUUUAUAACAAAACAAAUGGAGCUUAUUGUUUAACGUCCUAUUAUAAGGCGAGUUGUCUUCAGUGGGUGCAAAUGGACUGCCAGCUCUGAGCCAGUUUCCAUGUUUCAGUAGACUCACACCUGACCUACAGCUUCUCACUGCCCUCCAAGGGCAAAAAGUAGUGAGUCUGAGUCUUGGGCUGAGAGCGAUGAGCUGUGAGACCACUGCUGAAAACACUAUGAAGACAGUGCCCAAAGCUGAAGGAAAAAAUCUGGAAAUGUGCUGAAGAUAAUAAGCAUUUGUCAGCUGUCUUCAGUGAGCUUAAAAGCUGGAGAAGCUUUGGAGGGGGGGACUGGAUUUUUGUUGUUGUUGCCUUUAAAUUGUCAUGCUUUUAGCUUGAUUUGAGACUUCUUGCAUAGAUCAGCCAUGGAUGGCCUGGUUUGUCUUGCACUGUUUCACACAGAGGGUUCUAAAUGUGGCAGCUCUUGUUUUCCUCAGGUUGGUUUAGCCUUGACUGGCUUCUGUGCUUUGCAAGGGUUCUGGGAAACAUGGCAAAAACUUGCAGGAGAGGUUGCAUUGGCUUGAUAGUUAAUUUCUAUGAACAUCUUGUGGCUUUGUGGGCUGUGCUGUUUAGCUGUCUACAUCUAUCCACCUGAUUGUACGUGAUGUGUUGGAACAGCAAUUCUGGUUUUGUUUUGUUUUGUUUUUUUUCCUCUGGGAGGCAUUUUUCUUCCUUCUUUGGGCUCAUAGAUUUAUUUUUUUACCUCUCGUCCUGUGGAGGUGAUGGUGCUGUGUGAGUAGGUGCACUUAGAGCAGGCGCAGGUUUCUGUGUGGGUUGGAUGGCACGCUAAUGAAAAGGUCUUAGUAAGGGAAAAGGAUGGGGUCCAAGAAUUUAAAUGCCUAACCCCUGGUCUUUGCCUUGAGUUUUCAAGGUAUGGAAUUCUCUCCGUCCUGCUUCAUUUGGUUUCCAGCUCAGAAUUUCCAUGCAGCCAAAGGGGAGAGCGGAGGACAGGAGGAGAGGGGAAAGCAGCCCUAUCUUCCAUCCCUCACCCAGUAUUCCCAGCCAAAUGCUUUGGCUCUGGUCUUUUCAGUUCUCAUGGUUUGCUCAGUCACACUGCUCAGAUGUGGCUGUGGAGCUCUUGCAAUUGGUACCGCUUUUUUUUGGCCUUAUAAAUAUCUCCACCGCUGCAGCUGCAAGAGUGAAUUUGCCUGAACUCUUUCGUAUGUGGUUAACUUCGGUCUGCCCACUUCCCAUCAUCUCUGCUGCUGUGUUUUCAUUAAAACUUCCAUUACCCGGCUUUGCCUAGCGCAGUGAGAAGCAAUCUUCUUUCUUACUGCCUUUCUGAAGCAAACAAAGAAAGGGAGAAAAACUCCCUGAAAUACCCAAUCAGAAAUCAUUCAUGGUUUAAAAUAAGCUGCAUUAGAAAAUGGAGAUGCUCAGACAAAAAAAAAAAA